AUGCAGAUCGAACGGAAGAUCAAGCUCGUCACUGAGCAGAAGAACAUCGACAAGGAGUCCCCUAUGCCCGAGUUCCCCAUGAAGGAAUGGAGCGUCAAGAUCUACAUGCUUGAUCAAGAUGGAAAUGAGAAGCCCGCCACCGCUUUCCAGAAGGUCACAUACAACCUACAUCCGUCGUUCGAGAACCCUACUCAGACCUUCAACGAUGCUCCCUACCUCUGCAAGAACGAAGGCUGGGGCGAGUUCGAAAUGUCCAUUGACAUGUAUACCACCGAGAAGACCAAGUGCACCGUCUACCACGAUUUAAACUUCCAGAAGAACAGAUACGAGAUCAUCCACCCCAUUCAGAUCAAGAACCCUUCCCAAGCUCUCAUGCAGAUCCUGCGUGAGACCGGCCCUGUCGCCAACGACGAUGACCCCAAGGCUGCCAAGGCUCGCAAGGCCAACGACGGCAAGAAGAGGAAGGCCGGCGUGGACUAUGAGAAGAUGGCAGAGGGUCUGACCAAGCUUGGCGAGGACGACCUGCUGCACGUCAUUCAGUUGAUCCACGAUCACAAGACGGAAGAUACGUACACUAAGAACGACAUCGAUGCUGGCGAGUUCUCGGUCGACUUGUUCACUCUUCCCGAGAGUCUGGCCCGCAUGAUCUGGGAUGUCCUCGUCGAACAGAAGCUCGUGCCUGCAUAG